AUGCCUCCUUUCAGUGGCUCUAGUCAGCGUCCAUCCUUUCGACCCAAACCUACCUGGUGGCAGAAAAAACCAAAAGAGGAGAAACUACCGGGGGAUCGAAACAUCAUGGAAGGAAUUGCAGUUCCGAUUAUCGAUAUACCGGAAGAUAAUCCCAAGGCUCAGAGCGUUGAGAUUACGAAUUGCACGUACAUCGGUUCGUACAACUGGCUUGAGCGUGAGACGCCCACUAUUCUCGUUCCAGGAUCGCCACCUCAGUGGCUGGACAAGCCGAUGCCCUAUCACGUACCCGUCGACAAAGGCGUCAUUUGCUGCGAUCGCAACGGCCUGAACAUGCCCAACACGAUCCUGCUGCCCCUCGUUGUCGCCGUCAACAAGACCGCAGAGUGCAAGAAUUCGCCGCCAUUUGACUGGACUUCGGUCGACUUCGUGCUGGAUAGGAACGCCCUGAGGAAGCUCAUGCGAUGGUCGAAUGGAACAGCACAUGACUUCCGUUUUGACCUCCAACUCGCUGGAAAGAAAACCGUUCUGGUCAAUCGGUUCCCGCUGAAGGUCCUUGAAGAGGCCUCAGGUUUCUCGUCUCGGUACAACUUCGAAAAGCAAUCGAUGCAAAGUCUGCCCGACUGUUCAGAGCAUUAUCGAAUUGUGACCCUGGAAAUGAACGGAUGGCAGAUGGUUGUUCGAUCUGAAGUGGAUGCGUUCGUUCCAAAUGAGGGCAAUGCGCUUGCGCCAGGGGUUCGGAGCUCCGAUCUCGACACGCAGCUCCGGGCCAUGUCCCUUUCGUCCUCCAACCAGGAGCCAAACAUAUUGAAGGUCCAGCAAGGCGGCCGAGAUAUUCCUGCAAGUACACUUGUCGAGUUGACCACCCGAUCCGCACUAUCCAGCACCGAAAGGAACGUUCUCAAUUGGCGAGACCGUUAUUCCCAGCUACUCUUCUCCGAGACAGCUUCUCACUUCCUUGCGUUGCAUGAACGAGGCAAUUACCAAAGGCUGGAGAAAAGGUCGAUCACAGCCCCUGAAUUCAAAAAUGCAGAGGAGGAUGCUCAGAAGGACAUACAGAAAUUGGUCAAGGUGCUGGAACUUAUCAGGAACCUGGUGAUUGAAGAAGGGAAGGAGGGUCGCCUCAGUGUGGUUUGCAUGGACAAAGUGCUGAGCAUCCACAAGAGGCAAGGGCGAGAGAGCUGUCUCCCAGACUCCAUGAUGGCACUGUUCGAAUCCGCGUAA